AUUUAAUUUACUACACGCGCGCUGAAUAAUAAAUAGGCUGUGAGAUAAAUGUGCCUAGUAAGCAGUGACGCAAUGGUGACGGAACUGAUAUCACGUCGACAGUUCUCGCGAUACUGAUGUCAUAUUCCAAUCGGUUUGCGCAGCGCCGAAUGAAGUCGAGACUUAAAAAUCCUGAUCACAAGACCCCGGCGUCUCAAAAGAAGUCCAGUGCUCCGCUAGGUAAAGCUCUGAAGAGGCGGAUAAUGGACAACGGGGGAUUUUACAAUGAUAAUUAUAACAGUGGAAGCAGUGAUGACGAGUUGGUGGAUAUCACAAAUGGCACUAUUGACUUCGGUGAAGAUGUGCCGCCUCUGGACUUCAGCGGGGGGCGCUGUAAAGUGAAGUGGGUACAGAACAGCAGUCCUAAGCUGAUGGAUCUGCUGGAUGAGGCUGUUCCUGGAAUUGGUACUUAUGAGGACUUCAACACCAUCGACUGGGUUAGAGAAAAGUCUAAGGACCGAGACCGGCAUAGAGAGAUCACCAACAAGAGGAAACAGUCUAAGCUAGCAUUGCUUUUAAGUGUCAGUGAUGCUUUUUCAGGCUGGCUUCUUAUGCUCCUCAUUGGACUCAUGUCAGGGGCCUUGGCUGGAGGAAUAGACAUUGCCGCCCAUUGGAUGACAGACCUAAAGGAAGGUGUGUGCCUUAACGGGUUCUGGUUUAACCAUGAGCAUUGUUGCUGGGCAUCCAAUGAAACCACUUUCCAGGAAAGAGACAAGUGUCCUCAGUGGAGAAGCUGGGCAGAGCUCAUGGUUGGAGUCAAUGAGGGAGCCAGUGCAUAUGUGGUGAAUUAUCUGAUGUAUGUGUGCUGGGCCCUGCUCUUUGCUUUCCUGGCAGUGAGUCUAGUCAGAUCCUUUGCCCCAUACGCAUGCGGUUCGGGAAUACCUGAGAUCAAGACCAUCCUCAGCGGGUUCAUAAUCCGAGGAUACCUUGGAAAAUGGACUCUGAUUAUAAAGACCAUCACGCUGGUGUUGGCCGUCUCUUCUGGCCUCAGUCUGGGGAAGGAAGGCCCGCUGGUCCACGUCGCCUGCUGCUGCGCAAACAUCCUCUGCCAUUUCUUCACCAAAUACCGUCGAAAUGAGGCCAAGAGACGAGAGGUUUUAUCUGCAGCUUCUGCAGUAGGCGUAUCAGUUGCAUUUGGUGCUCCCAUUGGAGGGGUGCUGUUCAGUCUGGAGGAGGUCAGCUACUACUUCCCUCUGAAGACUCUCUGGCGUUCGUUCUUCGCCGCUCUGGUUGCAGCCUUUACUCUUCGCUCCAUCAAUCCCUUCGGCAACAGCCGUUUGGUUCUCUUCUAUGUGGAGUUCCACACUCCCUGGCAUCUCCUAGAGCUCUUACCUUUUGUACUUCUGGGCAUCUUCGGUGGUCUUUGGGGGGCUUUUUUUAUACGAGCCAAUAUUGCCUGGUGUCGUAAGCGGAAGACUACGAGGCUUGGGAACUACUCUGUCCUGGAGGUUAUGGUGGUGGCGCUGGCCACAGCGUUGCUUGCGUUCCCAAACGAGUACACGAGGAUGAGCAGCAGCGAGCUGAUCUCUGAACUCUUCAAUGACUGCAGUCUGCUGGACUCCUCGAAGCUGUGUGACUAUGUCAGCAACAGCGGAAACGUUAACACUAGUGAAGCCACUAACGUUUUGGCGGACAGACCUGCAGGACCGGGGAUCUAUACAGCCAUGUGGCAGCUAUCGCUUGCUCUGGUUUUUAAGAUGUUCGUCACUGUGGUUACAUUUGGCAUGAAGGUGCCUUCCGGACUGUUCAUUCCCAGUAUGGCGGUGGGUGCCAUAGCUGGAAGACUUCUUGGUGUGGGCAUGGAGCAGCUGGCCAUCUACCACCACGACUGGGCAGUUUUCAAAGGCUGGUGCUCUCCGGGGGCGGACUGCAUCACGCCAGGCCUGUACGCCAUGGUGGGCGCGGCGGCCUGUCUGGGUGGUGUGACCCGUAUGACCGUCUCUCUGGUGGUCAUCAUGUUUGAGCUGACAGGGGGUUUAGAGUACAUUGUGCCCCUCAUGGCUGCCACCAUGACCAGCAAAUGGGUUGCGGAUGCUCUGGGUCGCGAGGGCAUCUACGAAGCCCACAUCCGUCUCAACGGUUACCCCUUCCUGGAGCCAAAAGAGGAAUUCCGGCACAAGACUCUAGCCGAAGAUGUGAUGCGGCCGCGACGAAGCGAUCCGCCGCUCUCCGUGUUGACGCAGAGUGAAAUGACGGUGGAAGAUGUGGAGAGGCUGAUCUCAGACACUACAUACAGUGGCUUUCCUGUGGUGGUCUCGCAGCAGUCCCCAAGACUGGUGGGCUUUGUAUUAAGGAGGGAUCUUGUCAUAUCUUUAGAAAAUGCUCGGCGGCAUCAAGACGGCGUCGUCAGCGUGUCUGCCGUCCUCUUUGCUGAACACGAUCCGCCCUCGUCACCCAGCGGUCCCCCUGCGGUAAAACUACGCAACAUUCUGGACCUCAGUCCCUUUACUGUCACCGUGCACACGCCCAUGGAAAUUGUUGUGGACAUCUUUCGCAAGCUCGGCCUGAGGCAGUGCCUGGUCACACAGAAUGGACGUUUGUUGGGAAUCAUUACUAAAAAGGACAUUUUGAAACACAUGGCACAGAUGGCCAACAGAGACCCAGAUUCAAUCCUUUUCAACUGAAGGCUGUCAAGACUCUUCUGCACACAACAUACAUGCGCACAUACCAAGGAGCGAAAUCAUCCCAUGAUGAUGAUGAUGAUGAUGAUGGUAGCUCUGUGUAUGUAUUUUACUGAGGUACUGCUAUUAUGCAAAGGUGUGAAAAUGGCCUUAGGCUGCGUUUUGCUGCCGUGCAUUACGGACGUGUUCGGACUGGAGCUACAGUCUCGGAGGUUCUGAGCACUUUAGCUUAUCCUGAGGCUAAAGACACAUUUAAUGUGAAAAUGUCGUUCUCUCAUCCCCUGGAAAUCUCAUAUUAGGCCUAAUAGGAACCGUCAGGAGUGACAAACCUCACAAAUCCUGCCUUUUUUGCUCCCAGAUGCAUUCCAUAUUUGUUUGUUUGUAUGCAGUGCACCUGUCAUCCCCGGAGUGACGUCUGAGCUGACGGGAACAUCAGAAGGGUGAGAACAUUCCUGAGAUGAUCUUACAACUUACACUGAUGAUGUCUUGCCCGAACCUGUGCGUGUCAAGCGAUCCCUGUGGGAAGAUCUGUUGGUCUUUUGUAGAACUGAGUGGGGAAAUGAUGGAAAAUCACACGCAUAGUUAUUGUGUCACUCAUACACACUAACGAAAAUCACUUUGCAGACCUGUUCCUCGAGUAAGUUUUGAAGAUUUAGGACGCUAUUGUGUGCCAUAAUAAGUAUUUAAAUGUAUCUGUCAGUGUUGAUUUUGAAAUGUAUUUUAUUCUCUUUGUUUCCCUUUAAUUUGCUCUCACGCAACGGUGAGCUUUAAAAAUGAAACAAGCUGCAAUUCUCACUUGGAACCACCAGGAGUCAGUAUCUCACAAACAUAACACGUGCGCCAGGGUGGGAUUCGCUGACUUGGGUGGGUUACACCAUGCAUUAGGGACUUUUGAUAACGUCUGCGUCUGGACCUUUUUAAGCUCUCUGCGGUGAUGUGAUGGAAAUUGUGCACCUGACUGAGGUUCUCAUCCUAAAUCCAUCAUCACCCUCACCAUGUUGGCCAUGCUGGUGUCCUUACAUGACCUCAGUGAAGCAUCUCCUCACACCUCCCUUGUUCGGUCAUGAGGAUCAGAUCACGACAUGUGUACUGAACGGGCUUAAUUCUUGAUAGGUACUUCCCCCUUCCUUGGCAUUCUUGCUCGAUUUUUGUGCCCCUUUUUUCUCGCAUUGGCAUUUGUGCUGUUUAUGGGCUAUUAAAUGCAUUCUUUUCGUGCCUGCUCUAAACGUUUUCUUUGCCUGCUCGCCGUUAUUCCCGUGAGUUAGAUUUUGGGCAGGGAGGUCGUAGCUAGGGCCAUUGUUCCCGUUCGCUCCUGGUCGUCUGGGCUCCCGGUCGCCAGGAUGUCCCCCAAGCGUUUCCCUCCAGCACCGCUGCACAACCUAGACCGCUUGCACUCUUAGAAAGGCAAUUUCCGGUCUGUUAUAAUAGAGGAGGGAAAAAAGAAAUUCUUGCGCUCUGAUUACCCAAAGAAAAGGUGUAUGUGUGUGUAUUUGUAUGGGGACAGGAGGGAUUAUGUCUUUCUUCUCGGUCUCUUAUGAAAACAUGGGAAUAUGGGAGGAGGGAGAGGAGAAAAGGUUAAUUAAACAGCGUUCAGCGGUCGGUGGAAGGGUCGUUUCACAAAGGCUCCCUUCUGUGUCACACGGAGAGACUUGGCAGGAAGGGCUUCCACUCAUUCCUGCAGGCCGGGUGGGUGCUGAGCCUAUCUGCUCUGUAACCCAACACCUGAUUGGUGUAUAAGGAGCCGAGCCAGGACCAAAUGAAAUGUUGUAAUGUAUAACAGGACGUGCCAUAGACUCCUAUGUUCUUAUCUACAGAAUGAUCGCUUCCACCUUCUGUGUGGAUUUACUUUUACUUUUAAUCGCUGUUGAAACUUCACCUGGUUAUAGUAUCCCUGACAGCCUGUUUAAACUCAGGAAAGCAAACAAGUAAACAGUUGUUUAGGUGUCGUCUGCUUGAGAAUGUGCAUGCCUAUGCAAAUAUACAGUACGGUGAGGACAAAUGUUAAGCCUGAGAAAACAGUUUUUACAGAUGUCGAGCACUUUUACGAUGUAGAUCUAUAGAAACCCGUGAUUUACACAGUUGUUACCAAAUUAGGAAAUAUAUAAAAUUCCAUUAAUAUGGAAUUCAUUCCAAAGCAGUCAUUAAAAGUUGAUGACAAUGUGUUCACUUUAAUAUGUAUUUAUUUUGCACAAAAAAAAAUGUAUUCUGUCGAAGUAUUUGUAUUUGACUGUAGUAUUUUUGUCUAGAUGGUCAAUUGAACAUUACUAUAUCUUUGUCGAUGUGAAUUCCUUAGGAAGGCUGCAUUUAUCUUACUGUUAAAGGAUAAAUAAUUGUUCCUCACAAUAAAUUGUUAAAAAAAUCU